UCCUACCACCGGAAGACGUCUGAUUUUUUGAUUGGCUAGUCAGGACGUCCGUUAGGACGUGUUGCGCUUUUGGUGUGCACUCCGAGCGUGGGCGGCCCUGUGGGGGUGUGUGGCAGGGGUUUCCAGACCCGGGACCAACACACCAGCCCCUUCCAUCAGGGGUUCGGCUUAGGGUCGCCCCUGGCGGGCGGCUCUCGAAUCUUGAAGAACAGCACGCGAACCCGGACCCUCCCGGGGCUGCGGAGGUCGGCAGGAAGAUGGCGGCAGCGUCGGUCUCUGAGACUUCGGCUUCUCAGUUCUCGGCCGGGCCCGUCACGCCCCACCUGCUUCUUUCGUCUUUCGGCCUAGACGCCCAGAUUGCCGAACGUUGCCUGGACUCGCAGGGAUGACUACCUACACCUUGGCCUGCGAGAACAGGGCUCCUGGGUCUCGUGGGUGUAACGGCCCCUCUUGGAAACUCUCCGAUACCAGAACAUCUUAGCAGAACCAUCAAAGUCUAAUGGAAGUAUGGUUCACGAUUCCUCAUCUCCAUAUGUAAUAUAUCCACCUGAUAAGCCUUUCCUUAAUAGUGAUCUGCGACGUUCCCCAAAUAAGCCUGCAUUUGCCUAUCCAGAAAGCAACAGCAGAGCUAUAUUUUCUGCUCUGAAGAAUCUUCAAGAUAAAAUUCGACGUUUAGAACUUGAAAGGAUUCAGGCAGAAGAAAGUGUGAAAACCUUGUCUAAAGAAACAAUUGAAUAUAAGAAAGUACUGGAUGAACAGAUACAAGAAAGGGAGAAUUCAAAGAAUGAGGAAUCAAAGCACAAUCAAGAGCUGACAUCUCAGCUGUUAGCUGCAGAAAAUAAAUGUAAUCUUUUAGAAAAACAAUUGGCAUACAUGCGUAACAUGAUAAAGCAUGCAGAAAUGGAGAGGACAUCUGUAUUAGAGAAACAGGUUUCCCUAGAAAGAGAACGACAACAUGAUCAAACGCAUGUUCAAAACCAACUUGAAAAAUUGGAUCUUCUUGAACAGGAGUAUAACAAGCUUACCACAAUGCAGGCCCUUGCAGAAAAAAAAAUGCAAGAGUUAGAAGCAAAACUCCAUCAAGAAGAACAGGAAAGGAAACGUAUGCAAGCUAAGGCAGCCCAGUUGCAGACUGGUCUAGAAACAAAUAGACUUAUCUUUGAAGAUAAGGCAACUUCGUGUGUUCCCAAUGCAAAAAGAAUUAAAAAAAAGAAGUCAAAACCACCAGAAAAGAAAGGUUCUAGGAACUAUUUUGCUGCACAACCACAUUAUAGAUUAUGCUUGGGUGAUAUGCCAUUUGUAGCUGGAAAGUCCACCAGCCCCAGCCAUGCUGUGGUAGCCAAUGUUCAGCAUGUCUUACAUCUAAUGAAGCAACACAGUAAAGUCUUGUGUAAUGAUCGAGUAGUCAGCAGUGUUCCUUUGGCAAAGCAAGUGUCUUCACGAAGUGGGAAAAGCAAGAAGUCAGCAGCGCCUUCCCCCUCUAGCAGCAUUAAUGAAGAGCUGGCAGAAGUCUUAGAGACUUUACAAGAUGAAUUUGGGCAGAUGAGCUUUGAUCACCAGCAGCUUGCGAAACUUAUCCAAGAAUCACCAACCACUGAACUGAAAGACAACCUAGAGUGCGAACUGGAGGCGUUAGUGGGCAGGAUGGAGGCAAAGGCCAAUCAAAUAACUAAAGUUCGAAAAUAUCAAGCCCAGCUGGAGAAGCAGAAGUUGGAGAAGCAGAAGAGGGAAUUAAGAACCACCAAAAAGACUCUUGAUGAAGAAGGAAACAGCAGCGGCCGUUCUUCUGCAACCACAGGGACCACAAAUAAGAAGGACUUUGCCAAACCGAGACCUGGAGAAAAAAGCAGGAAAAAUCUUCAGUUGUUGAAGGACAUGCAAACCAUACAGAAUUCUUUACAGAGCAAUAGUCUGUGUUGGGAUUACUGACUGGUACCAGGUCAUAAAUGUUAUUCACAUAAUCCGUACCUCAUCAAUCAGAUGUUGACAGUUUACUUUCCAGGUCUCAUACUCUUACGUUGGAAUUAAUUAAUAGCAGGUAUUAAGGGGCCCAAGCUUCAUUACACAGGCUUCUUGUGUUACGUAUCACAAUUAAAUGUUAAACCAUCUAAAUGGAAACCAGGGGAGUUUUAAAGGCCAAGAAGCCACACAUACUGUGUUUCUUUGAGAUGAAUUUGCUGUACUGAGAUAUUGCACUUUGUAAACAAAUUACCAAUUUUUUACUUGUGGGUGUGAUUUUUUUAAAUAGUUCUAUAUAUCUAAGUAAAAUGAGGUUUAAAUUAUCAAAGUAUGAGGCUGUCCCAUAGGCAGUGUUUGAAAAGUCUCAUUUUUAAAUCUUCCCCUGGCGUGAAUCGCCCACUUCUCCUUUUCAAUGCAACCAUUAAAUGUACUUUGUUUCAACUAUUGAUGGAGGUUUUCUAUAUUUAAAUAUUUAUACAUAUUUAAGAGGAUUGUUUUCUUUUGCUCUUUGACACUUCAAACAUUGAUCAAUGUUAAAUACACCUUUAUCGAUGUUAAUCCACCAUUAAAAUUAUUUUGAAGACCGAAGCAUUCAUUUUAAAUCAGUUAACUGUGAAGAUUACAAAAGCAUGUUUAAAACUAUAAACAAAUUGUAAAUGAAGUAAAUGAGGUUUUAGAAUGAAGAGAGAAUGGGAGGUGUUGUAAAGCAUGUAUGUUUGUAUUUUUAGAUAAUACCUGUUUGUAAUCAUGCUAUUUAUUUCAAGGCAUUAUGGUUUUUAAUCUUAAAACUUAGAAGAACCCCUUGGCUAUUUACUUUUAUUGGUGUACAGUGUGAGUGCAAUAUUAACUGUACACAUGCAGUUGUCAUUGUGUUAAUAAUGUAAAUCAUAAUUUUGAAUAGAUCAAGACAUGUUAACUUUUUA